UUCUUGAUCAUGGUCCUCAAAGUACUUGCAGCUUCGGUGAAUGUCUUGCUUCCGUCUGAAUAUUAUGUGCACGCUAUCGUUUCUAUCCUUGUCAUCGUGGUGGUUAGGGCGUUUGCACAAGGGAGAACUACGAACAGGGAACGGGAAAUGCAUGCCAAGGUUGUCCUCGUCACUGGAGGAUUCACUCCCCUUGGCUUAACUAUCAUACAAAACCUUGCUGAAAGAGGCGCACAUAUCAUUGCACUCUCUCCGAAUGUCCCUCAAGUAGAAAUUCUCAUCAACCUCUUACGAUCGACGACCAAGAACGAACACAUAUUCGCAGAUCAAUGCGACCUCAGUUCACCUUCUUCCAUCCGUUCAUUCUGCUCUCGUUUCAAAGAGACAAGAUUGGAUGCAAUCAUAUUUGCACACGAGUAUCAACACCUAGGUUCAAUCAUACAUAGUCAGGAUCUAGCAAAGCAGAGACAAGACGGUUCACUAGCAUCAUUCCUAAUCCUUACUCUCCUCCUCCCAGUCCUCCUCGUCGCACCCACAGAUCGCGACAUACGCAUCAUAAACGUCGUCAAUCCUUUCUACGCAGCAGCAGCUCCCUCUUACUCUCCCACAUCCAAACCAUCCUCACUAUUCCACCAAGAAGGCUGGCGGUCUCUUCAAAUGGUCGUUUUCACCCGCCACCUCCAGCGCAUCCUCGAUGCUCUCCCAUCAGGCGGACAGAUACCAAAGACAGACGACGCUACCAUCCACGUCGUCAGCGACAAGGUGCAGAAAUCAAACAUCGUAGCUGUGUCCGUGUGUCCCGGGCUUACUAGGUCUGAUACCAUUGCGCCGCUAUUGAGUGCAGUCCGGGGAAGGGAUCAAUCUACAUUCGGCUUCGUUCUAUACAUCCUUCUUCAACCCCUCCUCCGCCUCCUCACAAAAUCAACAGCAUCAGCAGUCCAAAGCAUACUCCACGUUCUAUUCCUCCCAACGCCUUUCAAAAGCACCGCUCGUCAAGGCACAGAUAACCCAGAGGAAGUACUCAAAGCAGGCGCGCUCUAUCGCGAAUGUGCGGUUGUUAACCUGCGGAUACCGAGUCCUGCCACUGCGGAUGCUGAGGUGCCGGACGAUGGCGAGUUGGGGGGCGUGCAUCUUGGACAGGCGGUGUGGGAGAGUUUCGAGGGUGCCUUGAAGGAGUGGGAGAAGGUGGGUGAUGAGAAGACUGGGUGUGAUAAUGCGGAGGUGGAUACCCCGAGUAGUAGUGGGUGAGUGUUGGUGAUGGACAUGGAUUUUUGUAUAUUGGUUUAGGAAUAAUAAUAUUAUUGCUUGGAUACCACA